GCCAUGCCAGGAGCUAACAUGGCGUAGGAACUGCGGUUUGAAUAACAGGAAACAUGGGGGGAGUUCUUUAAGAGUUUGAAAACGGCUGUACAACAUUCACUGAAAAAAAUUAAAGACUUGAAAACAUGUGAACCUGUUGUUUAGGACAGCCAUGUUUAUUUAUUUGAUAGGUAUAUUUGUGUAUCUGUAAAUUGGAGCUGGGUUAAACUGUUGCUUUCUUUUUGUUCACCGUAACGUUUCGAGUGUCUCCGUCUCCGGGCCCUCGGAGAGUAGGUGCAGCCGCUGUAGGUGGGGUUUGUGCUUUUAAAGUCAGCGUGAAGUGGUUGUAGAGGACAUGGGGGGGUGGUAGGAGGAGCAGAGGACUUCCUAAAAGCUCAGUCCCGGCCUUCUGCUGGCCGCUGUACGGACCGAAGGGAGCCUCGCUGUAACUUGGUUCACACCGCGUCCACCGCAGAGGAGCGGCCGCUGAACGACUCGUACAUUGCCUGGAUGGAGACGGACAGUCUGCUGGCCGGGAGUGUGACCGGAGCAUCCGGGGAAUACGGCUCCCGGUCGGUCACGGAGCACGGAGGGGCCCCCGGCAGCAGACGGAUGUCGUACUCUGUCGCCGGGGAGUCGUGUAGUGUCGAGGGGAACACGGGAACCAUGGUGAGUGAAGAUGAGGACCUCUUCAUCCAGCAGGCUGUUGUAUUCAUCGAGGACGCCAUACAGUACCGGUCCAUCAACCACCGUGUGGAUGCCAGCUCGCUCCGCCUGUAUCGGUGGUACUACUCCAGGAUAUGCCAGCGGGGCUUGGGCCUAACCAUUGCGGCGGUGUUGCUGCUGGCAUUCGUGGAGCGCCCGUCCUCCCUGUCCGUGUCCUCAGACCCUCGGCAUCGCUCUCCACCCUGGCAGCCUCCCUGCGGCUUCACCGAGAGCAUCGAGAUGGUCUGCCUCAUCAUCUUCUCUCUUGAUCUUGCUGUCAAGAGCUACUUGAUUGGCUGGGAAGAAUUCAGAAAGAGCAAAUGGCUGAUCGGCUACACAGUAGUGAUUUCAGUCUCCGUCAUCGACUGGGUGUUGUCUGUCAGCAUGGUGUGUGAUGAGAAACUGAGAGUACGGCGACUCCUCCGACCAUUCUUCCUCCUGCAGAACUCCUCCCUGAUGAAAAAGACACUGAAGUGCAUCAAGAGGACUCUGCCAGAGAUUGCCAGUGUCAUCCUGCUGCUGGCGCUCCACCUCUGCCUCUUCACUAUGAUCGGCAUGCUGCUGUUUCCUAAAACUGAGGAUCCAAAGAAGAAUGGGGAGUGGGAGUUACAUUUCCGAAACCUGCCUAAUUCCCUGACCUCUCUGCUGGUGCUUCUCACCACAGCCAACAACCCAGACGUGAUGAUCCCUGCCUACUCCCUAAACAGAGGCUACUCAGUUUUCUUUGUGACCUUCAGUGUAAUCGGAACCUACUGUCUGAUGAACUUACUGACAGCCAUCAUCUAUAACCAGUUUAGAGGAUAUUUACUGAUGUCGGUCCAAACGUCCAUCAUCAGGAGACGACUGGGGAUCCGAGCUGCUUUCCAAGUCCUCAGCUGCCAGGGAGCCCGACAGGCUGCUGAGGAGCGUGUGCGUGUUGAUGCGGUGCUGGAGGUGAUGUCCAGGGUCCAGAUGAAGAGCUACUACAGAGCGGCCAUCACUAAGGAGGCGCGGCAGUAUGCAGAUGUCGGCUACAUGGACCGAGAGCAGUUCAGGAAGAUAUUUGAUGAACUGGAUAAAGAUCGCAUCAAGGAGCACCCACCCUUGCCCCAGUACAACUCUCCAGUCCUGCAGAGACUCCAGGUGAUCUUCAGUCACUACUAUCUCACUAUACUUGGCAACGCAGUGGCACUGGCCAAUGUUGUGUGCAUAUGUACCAUCCUGGUGUUGAACUCUGAAAAGUCCACAGUAGAGAGAGACAACUACAUCAUGGAGAUCAUCAACCUAGGCUUCAUCCUCUAUUACCUGUUUGAAAUGUGCGUGAAGAUCUUUGCCUUCGGCUGGAGAGGGUACCUGUCCUACAGGAACAACAUCUUUGACGGCUUCCUCACCAUCCUGCUGUUGGCCCUACAGAUCACUAUAUAUGUGACCUACAGGCUUCCUUAUUCUCACUGGGACCCAUCCUCUCAUGGUGUAAUGACUCUGUGGGAAAUGGUUCGUUUGGUCAACAUGCUGAUUGUCUUCCGCUUCCUGCGCAUUAUCCCAGAUAUCAAGCUCAUGGCUUUGGUCGCAAGUACUCUGUUGGACCUGUUGAAAAACCUCAGAGCCUUUGCAGGGAUACUGGUGGUGGUAUACUACGUGUUUGCUGUGUUUGGGAUCUGGCUGUUUGAGGGGGCCAUUACACCUCCUCCAGAGACGAGUGUGCUCUCCAAUACCUCCAUGGAGAACAUCACCACUAACUUCAGCAUGGAGUGUGGCACCUAUGAACAGCUGGGCUACUGGCCAAAUAACUUUGAUGACUUUGCUGCAUCCAUCAUUUUGCUGUAUGAUGUCAUGGUGGUCAACAACUGGCAGGCCUUCAUGGAUGCAUACAGCAGAUACACCACAGAGUGGGCCAAGAUCUACUUUGUGUGUUGGUGGCUCACCUCCUCUGUCAUGUGGGUCAACUUGUUUGUGGCACUCAUCUUGGAGAACUUCAUCUAUAAGUGGGACCGCAGUCACAGCUGCUCUGUUAUAGAUGUGGAGAGGAUCAGAUAUGAAACUUCUGUUCAGCUCAUGUUCAAAGAGCAGAUCCAGGAGCCGACUGAAGAGGAACUACUUUGCCAACUACAUCAACACCCCCACUUACACCUACACUGAUGACACACACACAGACACACAGCUCCAGAACUUAGCUGCAGUAACAAGUCAAGAGACUGCUACUAAAUGAGUCUACUGCGUGUGUGGUAGAAGCACUGAGAGGAAAAUUUAAGCAUUCUACUACUAGUUUAUUUUCAUUUGUAUUAUUGUAAUCUGUAAUUGCUACUACUGAAGCAGUAAGAAGUACCGUUCUUAUUAUUUGUCAUGUUAUUCAUGAGUAAAACCACUGUAGUGUCUGUUGUACAAAGGCUCUUUGGAGGCAGACAUGCCAUUGGUUGAGUUGAACAUGAGUGGGUGGAGCUAAAGAACCACAAGUUGUGUGCCAGUUCCAUACUGAAAUACUAUACAGCAGGCCUAUUCAACUGGCGGCCCGCGGGCCACAUCCGGCCCAGCAGCUACCUCCGAGUGACAUCUGAUGAAUGACAAAUAAAUGUAACCUGCAUAUAAAGUGUAUGGAAGGAGCUAACGGGUGAGCCGUCUCGCUUCCUGCUCAUCGCUGCUGAGAGCUCCACGUGCGCAGCACCGAUCGGGCGGGAUGUUUCCGGAUGCAGCGACACCGCCGAUCAUAUCUUUCACAAAUCAGCCUUUCCUCAUGUGAGCUCCGACCAGCUGAGCAGCUGCUCAACACAUCUGUCUGUCGACAGUCACAAGCAGGAAGUGCUCUACUGAGAAUAUGUCUCUGUCAACCCUGAAACGUAACUCUGACAGUGAAAGCGUCAGUUUGACGCUGCGUAACUAUUAUAUUUUUGGUUUACCAAGCUGUGGCACAAAAACAACGGAAUCAACAUCAGUACGAAGUGUGUGGAAGAGCCUCCCUUAUCGGUUAAACCACUAAAAUUCAGGAGGUUAUAUUCUUUGAAAUUUUGGUUUUGCAUCGCAGUUGUCCAACCAUAAAAAUCCAAGUAUAUUGUCUCAUCACACUUAGCAAAGACAGUAUGAGAACUGCUGCUGUAAAAAGAGAAAAACCUUUAUUGUGCGUGUUUACAAAGAAUUAGCAGAUUUUGUCUUUACCUGGAUGCAGUUGUUCCAGCACUAAAACCAUAAAAAACAAUAUGGAAGUUUAAAAGAAAGUGAUUUAAGCCCCUUUCAGACAGGGAACCUGCAACUUUUCUCCAAUGUGACCUCCUAUGUGGCACGUGAUUUGUCUCUUUUUACACAUGACAAAGCGUCUUUCUUUCAGUUUUUGAUAUUAGUUAGCUGAACUUGUUAUAUUACGUGUGUCAUGUUGCUGCCAUUCCCUCUGCUUGAAGCUACAACUUGUUCUAGUAAGCAACAUGAUUAGAUUAGGGUAGGUGAACAGCAGCAGCCUGUAGCGUAUGGUACAGGUUAAUAGGACUCAAAAUACAGAACGCAAACGUUGAUGGGCAGCAGGUGCAGUGGUAGCAACUUGCUGCCUGAAAGUACCUCAAAUGGAGGAUUUAAAAAGUGUCUUGCAGUGAAUGGAUGUUUGGCUCUGUGGCUUGUUUGCCAACCAUCAGCCUGCCUCACUAAACCCCCCUGCUGUUCACUUUCAUCAGUUAGCUAUGACAUACAAAACAGGCAACACAUUUCUAACAUCUAACAGUGGCCAGAACACUUCAGCAAAAAAUGCCCAAUAUGUCAAAGAUAAGUUUGGGUGGUAUUUAAUUAAUACCUGCUUUGCUCACCCAUAGAUACCGUAGCUAAAUGUUUUGCUGGGUUGUUAUCCUACAUUUGUAUUGGGACUUUUGCGUGUAGAAUGUGUGAAACUUAACUAUGUGAGGGAGUUUCUGGGGAGAAUGUUUGUUGAGUGUGUUCCCCACACUGCAAGGAAAAACAGGAACCAGGAACCAGGAAGCACGCCUUUAAAUGAAAGCACCUAGAGUGCAUCUUCCAUACUCUCACAUUACUGCACAUUGCGAAACACGAUCAUCAGAUACAUGUGCCAGAUUAUUUUCUAUCCAUGUAAGUGCAGCAGUUCAUAAGGAAAUGUUCAAAAUGUUCCUAUCUCAUGAUGAUGAGAUUUACUUUUUCCCGGGCUCCACACCAGAAACCAGCGACUUGUUCCGUAUUGGCCUGUGGCCUAAUCACCCACCCACACACACACACACACACACACACACACACACACACACACACACACAUUUCAUUGGAAUCUGAUUACAGGUUUUCGAGACAGCCUGCUAACAAUUGGAACCAAAAACAAAAGCUUCUUCAUAAGUUUAGUGUUUCAUUUAUAAAGUGUUUUUGAAGAUGUAUGUGUAUACUGCCUGUAUAUUCUAUGUCUGAGAACACGCAGCCUCAUGUAUCUGUUAAUAUGACUGCUUUAUAUUCACACUUGAGACACCAAUAUGUCGAAUUUCCAGAACAUUUCGGGAGUGACGUGCGUGUGUGAAAGGUGACUUUAUUCUGGGAGUAUUUGUGGUACUGGUGAGGCUGGAGGCUGCAUGCUGGAUUACCAUCAUCUACAAGAUGAGGUAUCAAAGGCUCAGUAAAUAUGAACACGUUCUGUCUUCUGCAGUGGUAUCUGCCAUAAAGCCAGUGUAUUCAGAUCGUUUUUUACUAAAAGAGUAAAAAUGGAGAAGCUCACUCCUUGUGACUGACUCCUUGUGUUAUUUGAACUGAGAUUUUUUCUAGAAAGUGUGCCUUGGUAUUAUAUAAAUACAGUUCAAAUGCAUUUUAUUUGUAGAAAAAACUGGGAAAAGAUUUUUAUUGAUAGAAGUUUGAAUGUAUAGGAAAGUUGGAAUGCAAUUUUCUGAUAUUUGAAUUAACUUGAGAUACAGCUUGUAUUUCAGUCUGCAUUUUGUGAACUGUUUGUAAAAAAUGAUCCAAACAUAGAUUUUAAAUAAAUAUUUUGCAAAAAUUCAAA